GUGAUGGAAAGUGCGUCAUCUGUGACUCUUACGUGAGGCCGUGCACGCUCGUCCGCAUUUGUGACGAGUGUAACUACGGAUCGUAUCAGGGCCGAUGUGUAAUCUGUGGAGGACCCGGGGUGUCCGAUGCUUACUACUGUAAAGAGUGCACCAUCCAGGAGAAAGAUAGGGACGGCUGUCCCAAGAUUGUGAACUUGGGCAGCUCUAAAACUGAUCUGUUUUAUGAAAGGAAGAAGUAUGGCUUCAAGAAAAGGUGAAGACAUCGGACACUGCUCUCAGUUUUUACACUUUUUUUUUUGACUUGUCAAUAAAGUUGGUUUUU